AUGGAUGCCAUUGAGAACUUUCUUUUAACAGUCCGCAAUUAUGCCUGCACCAACAGAUACUUCUUAUCCUUCAUGGUUUUAGCAACAUCAUGUGAAAAGAAACCAGCGAUUGGAGUUGUGGCUUUUUCUACUGGUUUUUAUCUCUUGCUUCUGAUGCUUAUGGCUGCGUCUGGUACUAGUGAAGAUUAUGGUUUCGCCGGGGGAUUCUUGGCAGCUUCGUUUGUUGUUGCCUUAGAUAAAUGCAACAGCCACUUCUAUCUGAUAAUUCCACUGGCGAUAGUAACUUGUAUAUUGGGAGCCUUCAAAGGCUUGGUCUCUCAUGGGGUCGAGGAUCUGGGCAUCGGCCGGGAUGAGGAGGCCGAGGUCGAGAAGACCCGGGUGGAAGCAUAA